GAACCAAGUCCAGUCCCUGGCCGUGAUUGGGGAAUUGGACAACAUGAUUUCACGACGAUAUCAUAGCAUUGCGCGACCUCGAAUACAUGUUCAGACCUGGCUCCUCACAAAAAAGCAUUCGGGAACAUCCGUUACAACUUAGAUCAACGAUGUUCAAUCCGGUCAACAGCCGGUCCAAGAUCGUGGUCCUCUCGUUGGUCGUCUUGGUAUGCACUUAUACCAUCUACCUGGUAGCGUCUGGUGAACACGAGGCGUUGCUGGACAAGGCGACAGUUUGGCAGCAAGAGACACUAUGCAGAGACAGAUCUCAAGCUCAGGGGCCGGUCACCGCCAUCCAGGCCAAACUUUUGCCCGAACAUGUGCUUGAUAGGUACAACAACCGGAUGGCAUGUGACCUGUGUCAGCCAGACGACGAGUUUUGCCUGGCGAUCGGUGAACACAACAUCGCUCAAUCGGUCGGCUAUGAAGGCUCUAAUUUCCGCCUGGAAAGACUGUUCCACAAGCUCCAGAACGGCCAACCUAUCACCAUCUCCGUCGUCGGAGGUUCCAAUAGCGCGGGUCACGGGCUCUUUUACGACGGCUGGCCUGACGAGUACGCAAGUCCGGGUAACAUGCAUUAUCGGGUGUACGAGUGGAUCAAGGAGAGAUUUCCGCAUGAAGGACAUCGGUUCGUCAAUGGAGCGAUACCUGGAGCGACGACCGAACUCUUUGCGUUCUGUUUCCCUGAGCAGAUUCCUGAAGAAUCGGAUCUCGUCCUCGUCGAGUUCGCCGUCAAUGACCCACUGCUCACCUCCUCAGCCGUAUCCUACGAGAGACUCUUACGCGGUCUGAUGGAUCUGCCGAAUAAGCCUGCUAUCAUCAAUCUCAACGUGUUCUCCCUUACCUUUGCGACGAUCGGCUUGGGCGAGACGCAGCACCAAGCGGUAGCGCAUUACUACGAUACCCCAGUGAUCAGUAUCAGAAACCUCUUACUACCAGGGAUGUUCAAGAACGCCAGCAGAAUUCCGGACUGGUUCUUCGUCGGCAACGAGAAUGGCAAGCAAAUCAUCGACACACGGCACAUUGCUUUCGCCGCGCAUAAGACCAUGGCCAAUCUGACGGCCACGUACAUGUCCCGCGUCUUGUGCAAGAUGGAAGAGCGGGAACGACUGAAAGAGAUCGGGAUCGAACUUCGACGGUCUAGGCCAGAGUUUCCGGCUUGGGACGAGUUGGCUGAGAUUCCGAAGUGGCCUCUGAUGUCGCACUACAAAGCCGACGCUCCUCCUAUGCCGAAGCUCAGCCCCGUCUGUUUGUCAACGACUUCGAAGAAGAACCCCUUGAGACAGCAGAACGACGGAGGCUGGGUCGAGUGGUCCUGGAAAGACAAGAAAUACAUCGUCGGUCGCAAACCGGGCGAAAAGGUUCAGUUCAAGUUCAAGACCGUCGUAGGCACCGUCGCCCUCUUCUACCAACGAUCCCGCAAGUACGGCCUCGGCGUAGCCCGUUGUUGGGUAGACGACGAUACCGACCGGAUGAUGUACCUCGAUGGGUAUUGGGAGCACGAUGUCAGUAUCCCUGACAUGACCGAAGUGAGGGGGGACCUGGAAGAGGGAGAGCAUGUGUUGAAUUGUGAGAUCAACGUGGACACGAAUGAUCCAGGCGGCGGGACCGAGUUUAGGAUAACGACGUUGGUAGCGUGAGUCCGGUGGUCCUUUCGAAUCGGGUUGAAUGACUUUGAAGCGGUUUUCUCACCUGAAUACUUUUGCUCACGGUGCAGCAUCUAGACCGUAUUGGAAUCGCUUGACGUGUUUCGGAAUUGUACCAGAGAAUAGUUAUAAUGGGCCAGCGGUUGUUGAUAGUGUGUAUCUUAUGACGUGUACGCGUGUAAGACGUGGAAAGGGUUUGAUCUGCCUUGUUUGAUCUGCGUGAAGAUCAAACUGGUCGAGGUGGAUUCUUCUGUUCAAAGACGGG